AUGGCAGAAAUUCUACUUAUCUGUAAAAUUUUGAUUUCGUUUUUCCUUCCUUUACUUCUAUGUCUUUGGAUUAACAAAAUCCUUAAGAAAGAAAGUUCAUCAUGUUUGGAUUCGAAACGUAAGAUGCCAAAUGUUUAUUUCUUACUAAAACGUUGGUGCGCCGAGCAUUGUAUUAACAGGAGAAGGAAACAAGAAAAAAAUUCAUACAAUUAUAAACAAAAUCACUUGGAAGAUUCCAAAAUCAAAGAUAAAGAUAGUGCCAAUAGCAUACUUUUUUAUGGUACAGAUAAAACAAGAAAUUCUCUAUUCAUUAAAUUUUCUCAUAAAGCAUUUAAAAUAGCAGAACUGUCACUGCAGCUUACUACAGCUGAUGGUCAACUAUAUGUUCUGCCUGCUUAUCCUGAUACCACAUUAGUGAGUAGCUUGAAUCAGGAAUGGACAGCAGCUGGUCUUAAAAUCGAGUUUUUGCAAUUCCAACGACGUUGGAGAAUAAUUUAUAAUGGCAUACUGAGAAACUUCACUAAGGGUGAUGAAUGUAGUGAUGAAAAUGUUGAACAUAUUCGUUUGAACUUUAUAUUUAUUGCAAACUCUCAACCAUUAAGGUGGCCAGAAGAUUGGAGCUCAAAAUUGCAUGCAGAAGCUUUAGCUUGUGAGCCAUGGAAGAGCCCUCAGUGGAUGAAUAAAAUAAAAUUAUUAGACUAUACAGGUUUUGAUCAAUGGGGAUCUAUGAUAGGACAAAUAACAUAUAAAGAUGGAUCUGUUUCCGCAUUGUAUUUACGUGGGCUUCAUCAACAUCGUUGGGGAAAGCACGAAUCUCAUGAAUUUCACGAAUCAGUUACACUAUUUGGAAUAAUGUCAUAUGGUGCUAUGUAUUAUCUUAAUAUGAGCAGUACAAAAAAUAGUUUUCCGCAAAUACAAUUUGGUCAAUAUAGAAAUAAUAGUGAAGACGAAUGUAAGAUUGACAAAAUAGGACUCACAUUAUCUGAUUUUAUGUCAGCAAAGUUUAAUCCUAAUUCAGACUACAAAACAUGGUUCACAGCUGAGAAUAAAAGAUACAAUAUUCUAAUAAAACCUAAAAACUCAAUAAAAUUUUACUAUGGUGAGCCAUGGAACUGGCAAAGCAAAAUUGUUAAUGUUAAAUUAGAAAUAAACGGACAGUCAGGUACUGGAUUAAUACAAUUGUGGUCACCGUAUAAUGGACCUUGUCAAGGAAAAGUGCAUUCACCGUUACAAUUUUUAAAACAAGUUAAUAUGCUCGUCCAAAGAAAAGAUUACGUAGUUUAUUUCAAUGAUAGAAAAUGCCAAAAUGAAAAUAUUGUUGGUGGAAAAGGAUUUUCACUUGCGAUGUUAACUUCGGUUCAAAAUGCAGAUUUUGUUGUACCUAAAGGAUUUUGUGUGACUGUUUUUGCCCUUGAAUUGCAAUUACACAUGCAUAAGGAAUUACAGAAAAUAAUCAAUGAUAUUGAGGAUGUCAGUGUUGGUAAAAAGGAUGGUGAUCUUCAAAACUAUUGCGAGGAAGCUAUGCAUAUUAUCGAAUCAACUCCUAUUGUUGAAGAAGUAAAAGGUGCAAUUGUAAAGGCAAUAGAAAACUUAGAAUCAGAAAAUGACAACGAUAAACCGUCGAAAUACGCGGUACGAUCUAGUGCUGUAGGUGAAGAUAGUGAGGAAACCUCAGCAGCUGGUCAAAACUCAACUUAUUUAGGUAUCCAAGGCAUUGACAAUAUCAUCAAAAGUAUAGCUAUGUGUUGGGCAAGUUUGUUCUCGUAUCAAAGUGUCGAAUACAGGAAACAGCAUGGUAUAUUUAUAAAAUCAUCUAUGAGUGUUUGCGUGCAAAAGAUGGUAAAUGCUGAUGCCGCUGGUGUUAUGUUCACCAGACAUCCAACUACUGGUGAUCCUUCCAACAUUAUUAUUACAGCUAAUUAUGGAUUAGGAGAGUCUGUUGUGUCAGCAACAGUUGAACCAGACACAAUAAUUGUUCAUAAAAGUUGGAAUAAUGAAUUAACUAUAAAAAGCUCAUUCGUAGGAAACAAAAAAAAAAAGAUUUUAACAGGAGAUAAUGGUGUGGUUACCAUGGAACUGAAUGAGCAAGAGAACAAAACAGUGUGUGUGUCAAAACAAAUUGCUUUACGAUUAGCUGACAUAGGAGUAAAUUUAGAAACUUUGUUCGGUAGUGCCAGAGAUAUAGAAUGGGCAGUGGUCAAAGAAAAUAUUUAUUUACUUCAAGCUCGACCUAUUACCACUUUAUAUAGCUGGACAGAUUUUGAGCUAACGCAUGAAUUAGAUACAAGCGUCCCUAGCGAUAUUGAUAUUAUAACAUUCGCUAAUGUAGGCGAAGUAUUUCCAAAUCCUAUGUCGCCUUUGACGAUCUCCGUGAUUAUAGGAGCAUUUGAAACAGGAAUAUGUAAUGCCUUCCACAUUGCGAAUCGUAUUUUCUUUACUGUCGUAGGAAUGAAAUGCGCCAUAAACUAUUACAAUAUGUUUUUACAAGAUCCUUCCAAAAAAAUAACACUUUUAAACAAAGUUAUUGAUAUAGCUGUUUGCGGAAAUCUCGUAGUAACACCAGAAAUUCACAAAGUAAGCCACUCUAUGGCGUCAAUAUUUAUCAUGUAUAAAAUGGUAGAUGAUGCAAUUAAAAAUAGCAAAGUAGAAAAAAUUGCGAGAGAACUUCAUAAAAAUUUAACUUUGAAUGCAGAAGAUUUUCAUACUGCAUACAGUUUGUAUAAUGAAAUUAACCAACAAUUUCAACAAUUUUUUAAAGGAACAGAAUGUCAUAUGCAUACAUCGAGAGUCAGUAUCACUUAUCAAAUUUUUGCAAUGGCGCUUCUAACAAAAGGUUACAAGGACUUGAUACCGGAGCAUUUUUCGGAUAUUGCUCUUUUGCUCGGGUCUUGCAGCGAUAUUGUUAGUGCUGAAAUGUUAACGAGUCUUAAGAAAAUAGUAAUUUACAUUAAAAAAAAUGAAAAGGAUGAGGAAUUUAAGAAAGUGGAUCCUAAGAAGGGUAUUAACUGGUUAAAAGUCAAUUGCCCAUCAGCUGCAAAGGAAUUAGACAGCCUACUUAAAGAGCAUGGACAUAGAUGUAUUCAAGAAAUGGAUUUCUUAUCAGAACCAUGGUCCCUUAGGCCUGAGAACCUUAUUACUACGCUACAGACGAUGAUGGCUAUUCCCGGAACGAACAAAUUAAGCAAAACACUUAGUGCAGAAGAAACAGUGGCGCAAUUAAAGACACCAAAAUCGACAAUUACUAAAUGGCUUUUGAAAAAGCUUGUACCUCGUUGUAGGAAAGCUGUUGUAGAUAGAGAAUUGACGAAAGCGAUAUUUGUAAGCAUUGUACAUACAUUUAGACUAGCUUACAGAGGACUUGGAAAAUUGAUGGCCUUAGAGGGGUAUCUACCCAGCGAGGAUUUAAUAUUCUUUCUAACACAUGGAGAAUUAGGACAAAUGUUGACUCAUCAUAAUAGAACACUUGUGCAAAAAGCUUUUCGUAGGAAAAGAAAUUUUCCUCGGCUAAAAGAUAUAAAAUAUCCAGAAAUUAAUAUUGGAAUGCCAAUUCCUGAGGAGAGUAAUUUAAAUAUGGUAGUGGACGAUAAAUCAAUAAAAAUUCAAGGAACACCAGUAUGCGGUGGCUCCGUUCUUAAUAGAGCAUGUGUGAUCACAGAUUUGGGGGAUGCGCAAAAAAUACAACCGGGAGAUAUUUUAAUUACUCACUCUACAGACAUUGCUUGGAGUCCAUACUUUCCGUUACUAAGUGGCAUAGUCACCGAACUCGGAGGACUUAUAAGUCAUGGUGCAGUAGUAGCUAGAGAAUACGGUCUUCCAUGUAUAGUAGGGGUUAAGAAAGCUACACAAAUAUUCCAAACAGGCGAUACUGUAUUAUUGGCUGCCGAUGCCGGUGCUUUGCAACUGGUAAAGAAACACGAUUAAAAAGGUUGUAUAACUUAACAAUUCAAGAUGAAAUUUGUUGUAUGUAUUCACAUUAAUAGCGACAAACGUGUGGACUGAAAUAGAGAAACCUACUGUUGUAACAAUGUGAAAAAUAUUAGCAAUAAAUGUAAU